ACUCAUAAGACUUCCGGUUUCCGGUUAAAAUCAUUCAGUCCAAGAUGGCGGACCUCCUGGGCUCAAUCUUGAGCUCGAUGGAAAAACCUCCGACGGUCGGCGACCAGGAAAGCCGCCGAAAAGCUCGAGAGCAGGCUGCUCGCAUGAAGAAGAUACAGGAGGACGAGAAGAGGAAGAAAGCAGAGUUUAGGAAGAAGAUGGAGAAGGACGUGUCUGAUUUCAUCCAGGACAGCAGUCUGCAGAAGAAGAAGUACGAAUCCAUGGGGAAGAUCGAGAGGAGCAUCCUACAUGACGUGGCCGAGGUGGCCGGUCUGACCUCGUUCUCCUUCGGGGAGGAUGAAGAAAGCAGAUAUGUGAUGCUCUUUAAAAAGGAGUUUGCGCCAUCGGAUGAGGAGCUGGAGGCGUAUCGUAAAGGAGAGGAGUGGGAUCACGCCAAAGCAGAGGAGAGACGCAAGCUGAAGGAGCAGGCAGCGCUGGAAGAGGAAGCAGCCAGUCAGUGUCAGAGGAGGCCAGCGUCUCCCAGCUCCAACUACAGAGACAAAUACAGCCAUCUGAUUGGCACGUCUGCUGCUAAAGACGCCGCCCACACGCUGGAGGCCAACCGGGCGUACGGCUGCGUUCCUGUGGCCAAUAAGAGAGACACGCGCUCCAUCGAAGAGGCCAUGAACGACAUCCGAGCUAAAAAACGUCUCAAGAGAGGAGAAGAGGACAUAUGAGUGUGUGUGUGUGUGUUUGUAGAAGUGUCCCUGUAAAGUAUUGUACUCUAUAGCAAUAUCUCCCUAAGGCCUGUGGGACGUGUGUGUGUGUGUGUGUGUGUGUGUGUGUGGGUUUAGCUGUCACUCUGGCCUCGUCUGCUGCUUCUACCCUCCUCAUAGUGUAUGUUUGUUUUGAAGCUUGUUAGUUUAGUGGAUUUUAUUUCCGUGUCUUCCUGAUGCGAUGUUGAGGCACUAAUCAAAACAUGUUUUUAGUUUUUAGUGUGUUAGUUAAAUAAAGCGACAUAAAAAUAAAAUGUGGGUGUGUCUUUGAGGCUGCAGAUAGAACUCUAGGCAUGUCACUGGGGGCCAUAUAUGGAAAAGUGGGUGGGUCAGUGAUCUUCGGCCAGAGAUGGGAAUGUGGGCGUGUCUUUGAGUCCAUAUAUAUGGCAGCAUAAGGUACUCGAUGGCACUGAUUUGAAAAAAAUUAUAAUAAUAAUUACAUUUUGACAUUGGAGGGUCGUGUGUCUGAGGUCAUAUAUGGACAAAGACACACCCACUGGACCGGUCUCUCUUCAGCCAGAUCCUCUUCAGUUUUAAGGCACAGCAGCAGAAAGCUUCAGGUGUGUGUGUGUGUGUGUGUGUGAUAUUGAGUGUUUGUGAUUGUUUAAACCCCAUGUGCUCCUGGAGUUCCUGGCUGCAGUGUGUUCAUGUGAAACUGUUCAUCAUUCUGCAUAGCGCUAACAGAUCAACCAGCUUCACGUAGGAAUUUAAUCAGUGGUGCAUGAUGGGACAUGAAGCAGACCGUUUGGUGUGUUAGAAUAAACCUCCUCCUUGUCUUUGAGUCUGUUUACAUCACUGCAUUGUGUUCUGUUCCACAAACAAAUCAGUAAAAUGUGUGAAACUCAAUACUUCCUUCCUAUUUAAAGCAUUUUAGCGCCUUUCAGUACGUUAACUGCCGUAAUGUCAAAUAACUCUGAAGCUGAAUUGAUCAUCAGUCCUGAAGUUCUCCACACUUUUACACACUGUACCUGAGAAAUCUGCUAUUAGAACAGACUCCGCUCACGUUCGAGUUUUAAAUAAAGAUUGAAUGAUGAAA